AUGAAGUAUUUAAUAUACAUAGCUCUUCUCAUGGGGCAAGCAAUUGCCACCAGCUUCGAUGAUUCAGAAGAAAUGGAGGUGGAAAAUACGGAAGUUCAGAAGGAAGCCAAUCCCAUAGUCAACCGAUUACCUUUUCCUAGUUGGUUGACCGAUUUCACAGGUCUAACCGAAUGGCCAGGAAUGGACCCACCAUACAUUCCCUUAGAUUUCAUAGAUAUUGAAUCCAUUCCUGAUGGAAUACCUAGACAUGGAAACGGCCACUGCGAGCCCGUCAUUAAUGACCAUGAAACAUGCUCAUUUGAUUGUUACAAUUGUGUCUCUGCUGACGAUGUCUACACUUGUUCAAAGCUAUCCCAAACAUUUGAUGAUGGACCCUCUUUGAUGACAUUGAAGCUACUCGACAACUUAAAAUCAAAAUCUACAUUCUUUACCUUAGGUGUCAACAUAGUUCUUUUUCCAGAUAUUUAUCGUAAAACCCUGCAAAUGGGACACAUAAUGGGCUCUCAUACUUGGUCACAUAAAUUUUUACCAAGUCUAACAAAUGAACAGAUAAUUGCUCAAAUUGAAUGGUCCAUCUGGGCCAUGAAUGCCACCUGUGGACAUUUACCAAAAUGGUUUAGACCACCAUACGGAGGCCUCGACAACAGAGUCAGAGCCAUUGUCAGGCAGUUUGGGAUGCAGAAUGUGGUAUGGGACUUCGACACCUUCGACUGGAAGUUGAUUAGCGAAGAUGAUAAAUCCAAUCAGCACGAAUUGGAAAUCUACGAAGACAUAGAGCGGUUCAAGAAGACGAAAGGAAGUCAGGGCCUAAUAUUGGAGCACGAUGUAUACCGCAAAACCGUCGACGUUGCAAUCGAAGUUCACAAGCUCAUAGGUCCUGAUCAAAUUACGGUACCUGAGUGCGUUGGAGGUAUUGAUUAUAUAAAAAAAUUCAUACAUAUAUAA